GAUCUCCCCAAUCCCCCCUCUAUCACGAUGCACUGAGUGAGAGAGAGAGAGAGAGAGAGAGACUGAUCCGGGGAGGAUAGAUCCACCGUGCUUUUAUCCUUGUUUUAAGGGAACGGCGAGGGGAUAAUAUUCUCUAAAAUGCGGAAAGUGUUACGUGGGCGAAGCAACGAUUUGGCAGCUGCGAUCUUCUGAAGUGGGGAUCCAGUGGAAUGCGCUCGGACUGUUCCUGCAGAAGCUGAUGGAUUUCUCAUUUGGCCCCGUUUUCGCCGGGUUGGUCUCGCUCCUUCUGUCCCUGUGGCCGGUCCCUGUGUGCCGGGCACAGAGUUCGGUGAAAUUCUCCCUGCCCGAGGAGCAGCCUCCCAACACUCUGAUCGGGAACCCGGGGGAGACGCUGGGGCUGCAGAAGAACAACAGGCUCUUCAAACUGGAGGUGGGCAAGCCCUACCUGCGGGUGGACGAGACGGGGGGCAACCUGUACACCACCGAGACCCCCAUCGACAGGGAGGGGAUGUCCUGUGAGAGCCCGAUGGAGUGUUUCCUGGAGUUCGAGAUCUCGGUGACCAACACUCUGCACCAAACCGUCCCCGUGCUGGUGGAAGGAAAGGUCCUGAUCCAGGACGUCAACGACAACACCCCCAGUUUCAACUCGCCCGUCAUUUCCAUCUCCAUCCCCGAACACACCACCCCCGGCACCAUCGUCAACAUCCCCACUGCCACUGACCGGGAUGCCGGCACCAACGGAGUGGCCAGCUACGAGCUCAUUGGGACCGAAGCCCACGGGCUCUUCAGCCUGCAGGUCGCCGAGGAGCACGGGGAGAAGCUGCCGCAGUUGAUAGUGACCGGCCGGCUGGACAGGGAGCAGCGGGACACCUAUGACCUGAGCAUCAGGGUGGUGGACGGGGGCAGACCCUCCCGCGCCAGCACUGCCAUCCUGCGCAUCGCGGUACUGGACAUUAACGACAACGCUCCCAAGUUCGAGAGGUCCAGCUACGAGGGCACGGUGGAAGAGAACAGCUCCGUUGGCACCUCCAUCCUGCAGGUGAGGGCCACUGACCUGGAUCUGGGCGAAAACUCCCAGAUUGAGUACACCUUCGCGCAGGCGGCCGAAAGUGCCCACCGUCUGCUCCGCCUGGACAAGAGCAGUGGCUGGAUCACCGUGCAGGGACCUGUGGACCGCGAGCAGGUCAGCCAGUUUAAAUUCUUCGUGCACGCCAGAGACAAAGCUCCCAUCCCCAAACAGGACAGGGCAGCCGUGGUCAUCACCGUCAGGGACAGGAACGAUAAUGCCCCCACCAUCGAGAUCCGUGGCAUCGGGCUGGUGACCCACAAGGACGGAGUGGCCAACAUUGACGAGGACGUGCCCAUCGACUCCCCGGUGGCGCUGGUCCAGGUUUCGGACAGGGAUGAAGGCGAGAAUGCAGCGGUCACCUGCAUUGUCGCUGGGGACGUGCCCUUUCAGCUGAAACCGGCCAGCGAGUCCAGCAGCGAGAGGAAGAAGAAAUUCUUCCUGCAGACCACCACCAACCUGGAUUACGAGUCUGUCCGGGAGUAUCUGAUCGAGAUUGUGGCGGUCGAUUCUGGCAACCCACCUCUGUCUAGCAGCAACACUCUGAAAGUGCAAGUGGUGGACGUGAAUGACAAUGCCCCUGUGUUCACUCAGAAUGUUAUCCGGGUUUCCAUGCAUGAAAACAACCAGCCAUACAUCCCCAUUGUCAGAGUGGAGGCUACAGAUGCUGACAGUGGCAGCAAUGCUGAACUGACCUACUCCCUGUCAGACUCUUCCAUCCAGGGCUUAUUUGACAUCAACCCAGACACUGGAGAGAUUAAGGUCAACUCCAUCCUUGACCGUGAGCAACAGGAACAUUACGAGUUCAAGGUAACUGCAGCAGAUAAAGGCACCCCAAGCCUUAAAGGAACAGCCACAGUGGUCGUCAAUGUUCUGGAUGAAAACGAUAAUGACCCUAAAUUCAUGCUGAAUAGCUACAGUUUCUCAGUACGAGAAAAUCUGCCUCCAUCAAGUCCAGUUGGCAUGGUAACCGUGUCGGAUGCAGAUAAGGAUGUGAAUGCCCAAGUAACUCUGUUUGUGCACCCUGAUAAUGGUGAGUUUGAGAUACAAAAUGGCACAGGCACUAUUCUCUCCCGUGUCUCCUUUGACCGAGAGCGUCAAAAUACCUACACCUUCCAACUGAAGGCAGUAGAUGGUGGAACGCCACCCAGGUCUGCUUACGUGAGUGUCACCAUCAAUGUUUUAGAUGAAAAUGACAACACUCCUUUCAUCACCCAACCUUCCAAUUCCUCCUUCCAGCAUAUAAAUCCCCUCACUGCAAUAGGGGCAUCAGUGGAACAGGUCAAGGCUGAAGACAUGGACAUUGGAGCCAAUGCCAACUUGACGUACAGUAUCGUAGGCGGAAACCCAUUUGACCUCUUCCAGAUCUCUCCUGGUGGGAGCGUGACACUGGAGAAAGAAAUCUUGCGGAGGCACUAUGGCUUGCACCGGCUUGUGGUUAGGGUGAAGGAUGGGGGCACUCCAGCUCGCUUUGCUACAGCGCUAGUGCACAUAUAUGUGAACGAUACCAUGGGAAAUGUCAGCCAUGUGGAGGCUUUGGUGGGCCACAGUCUCAACACGCCACUUGACGUGGAUAUUGCAGGAGAUCCUGAGUACGAGAAGAGUAAGCAGCGAAGCAAUGUCUUGUUUGGAGUGAUCGCUGGGAUUAUUGCAGUCAUACUAGUGAUUGUGAUUGUGGUAUUGAUUCGCUAUUGCAGGCAGAAGGAAGCCAAGAGUGGCUAUCAGGCUGGCAAGAAAGAAAACAAGGAUCUAUAUGCUCCAAAACAAACCAAUAAAAACACCAAGCACAAAAUCAAGAAGAGCAAACCUCCAAAACCUUCCAAACCACUAGAGGAUGAUGAGACUGGCACCCAGCGGGGAUUACAGUUCAACCUGAUAAACGAAUCCAGCAGUGACAGUCCUCGAAUACAUCUACCACUCAACUGCAACCCCGGGAGCCCUGACCUUGGGAGACACUACAGGUCGAACUCCCCUCUGCCAUCCAUUCAGCUGCACCCGCAGUCACCCACUGCUGGGAAGAAGCACCAGGUUGUGCAAGAUCUCCCGGCCACCAACACCUUCGUUGGAACUGGGGACAACAACUCGACUGGCUCAGACCAGUACUCUGAUUACAGUUACAAGACCAAUCCUCCAAAGUACAACAAGCAGAGAGCUCUGGAUUUGUUCGCCAUACCUUUCUCUUUCGAUGGAACAUACAUUGACUGUGCCCGAACCAAUUCUUUUUUGAAGCUUCCUCACAGAAGAGUGACUUUCUCCACUGCCAAUCAGUCCCAGGAUCUGCAAGACCCCUCCCAGCACAGUUACUAUGACAGUGGGCUUGAAGAAUCGGAAACACCAAGCAGCAAGUCAUCCUCUGGACCACGACUGGGACCACUCGCGUUGCCCGAGGACCACUAUGAACGCACCACCCCCGAUGGGAGCAUUGGAGAAAUGGAGCAUCCAGAAAAUGACCUCAGACCGCUGCCUGACGUGGCUAUGACAGGAAAUUGCACAAGAGAAUGCACAGAGUUUGGUCACUCUGACUCUUGCUGGAUGCCUGGUCAACCGUCCCCCAACAGGAAGCAGAAAAACACCCCCAAACUUUCCACCUUUGUGCCUUACGAAGAACGGGGGAGCCAGGAUCGUCUCACCAACGUGAGCCCACGGCUCAUGGAGGAUGGCAAUGCCAAAAUGGCCAAUAUCCGCUUCAUACCGACGCACAGUGCCUUCCCCAGUUCAAACCACGAGCCCAGCAAGGACUCAGCUCUGGAAGAAAUCCCUCUCACCCAACCGCCUGACUACCAGCACACUACUGGCCCAGUGCCACCCAAUUCCAAACGGGAGAUUUAUCUGUGAGGAGAGCCGGAGCCUGCUCUGUGCCUGUUUGAAGCUGUUUUAUAACCACGAUGGAAAUGCGAGAGUUAAGAAAAGGAAACAGCAAAAAGGAACGUGCGGUGGAAACUAAAAAUACACAAAGGCUUUAUUGUCCGCAGUACAAUUCUACGACAAACUGGAAUUUCAGAGAUUGGACGGGAUUGAAAUGGGGCUGCUCCAAUUGCAUAUUGUCCAGGGUUUUCCACACCAUUGGCAGAGUCUCCAUCCCAGCUAGCAUCAACAGCGGAGAAAAAAAACACAAGCGGAUCAGCAGUCAAAACUCAAACCUGACUUUGGUGACCCGUUAACCGUUUCCAUCGCUGCUGAACUUCUUAACCGCAUGCAGUCAAUUCUGUUUCUGUUCUUGUUUUUUUUUGUUCCUGUUUCUUGUGUGUGUGUGUGUGUGUGUGUGUGUGUGUGUGUGUGUGUUUGUGUGUAUGUGUGUGUGUGGGAGUGGGAUGUGGGAUGUGGGAGUGGAUAAACACAGUUGAUUCAUGUCAUUCAUGUGGGUGGCAGUGAUGUUGGGGGAGGGGAAAACCAAAAAAAAAAGAAAACUUACACUCUUGUAGUUCUAGAACUUAGCACCUCAGUGCUUAAAUCUCGUUGUCGAACACUCGUCUGGCACGUUUGCCCUAACCACAGGGACCAAUCAAUGCAGAAGCGCGUGAGCGUUGCUAUACUCUUGUGUAAAUAUAACCUUCAGAUGAUAUAUGAAUUUCAGAGAUCGGGAGAAAUCUAUUCCACCUUUAUCAUGUUGCUCAGCAGCAUGAAGCAAAGCGAUCUUAAGUUGUGUUCAUUCUUUUUCUUCAUGUAAAUAAUUUGAAAGGUAGCAAUGAAAAGUCAUUUUAUAAGUGUAACUGAAGGACUUGUUCAGUGACAUAUUUAAGUUGGUGGUGGUUCGUUGUAACCUUUGCCUUUUCUGCUACUCACAGUUAUUUGGAAAACUGGUGCUGGUGCACUACACCAUUCUCCAUUCUGCUACCCACUGUUCCUCCCUUUUUUUGUUCAAAAGAAUAUAAAACAAGAUAAGUUGCUAUUUUAAGUUUUGUCAUUUACAUGACAAUUGUGGCCUCUGGUGCCACUUAAUUUGAGAUCAUACCAUUGAAAGGGAGGUAUAUCCCACUGGGCCCUGGUUUGUAGUUCUCUGGGAUGGUUGCAGCCAUGAGUGAAGGUUGUAUGUGUGUGUGUGUUUGCACACAUAUCAUGCAUGUAUGUGUGUGACAUUUUUUAUAUUCGCUCCUGGGAUGUGGGUGUCACUAGCUAGGCUAGCAUUUAUUGCCCAUCCCUUAUUCAGAGGGCAUUUUAAGCGUUGUUGUAGGUCUAGAAUCACUUGAAGGCCAGAUCAGGUAAGGACAGCAGCACAGAUCCCUAAAGGACAUUAGUGAACCAGAUGGGUUUUAGUCAUCAUCAUUAGACUUUUAAUUCCAGAUUUUUAUUGAAUUUCACCAUCUGCCAUGGUGGUGUUUGAACCUGGGUCCCUAGAGGAUUAUCCUUGGCCCCUGGAUUACUAGUCUAGUGACAAUACCACUUUGCCAUCGUCUCCCCUCAUGCAGAUACAUGGACACAUAAAUGUGUGUGUGUGCAUGUGCAUUUGUGUGCACAUGUAUGUAUGCAUGUGUGAAAAUAUUUGUGUGCAUGUGUGCGUGCAUGUCUGCACCAUUGGCCUGGAUCUCCCAGAGAAAAGGGAGGGGAGAAAGAUACUUGAUCAGCAUUGGCUGUAGCUGAUUUACACAUGAUCAGAGGUGCAGUUUUGUUUCCCUUCCCCUUCUACACCAGCGGCAAAAUUUGUUACAAUACCUUUAGAUGUUCUUAUUAUGCAAUGGUCAUUGUGCCAAUUUUGUAAAGGUAUCUUCUUCUGGGCUGAACAGUUAGGUGAGCUUUCAGCGUUAAAUUGGUAAUGGGAUUGAACAGAUAGCUUUGACAUACUGGUGUCCUACCGAAGCCUACUCCAAUGGCAAAAGGGGAAGUGUUUUUCUUAACAUCAAAUAAAUAACAACCAAACUCCCAAAUUUCAUCAAGUCCAUUCCAUUGCCCAGGGAUCAGGGAAUCUUAUGACAUCUUAAACUAAUUUUAUGACCAGUUACGGAUCACAGCACUGCUACCUACCGUUCAUUUUAACCUUUCAGUUUAAUGACCCAACAACCAUUCUCUUAAUCGGGGUCAUUAUUUCCAGAUACCACACCCUUUCCAAUUGUACCCACUUCCCAACUUCCGAAGCGCGAUUCAGGGAUGGUGGUGUAUAUGUAUAAAAUAAAAUGUUAUGUUCGCAUGAUUAUUGCUCUGUUGUCACAAAAUAUUUGCAUUCUUUGUGUGUAUGUAUUUUUUUGUUUCAACAUCUGUGAUAGAGCCCUGCUAAAUCUGUUAUCAGACCUCAUCCCUUUCAGAUUCCAAAUUCCCCAAGCUUUGUGACUGGGCUAGGGAAGCAGUACUCAUUUUGUGCCUUGUUAAGUGAAAGAGUGGAGAUGAGAACAGGGAUGAGCAGUUAACCGGAGGUGGGAUGGUUCAUUUAAGCUUCUAACUGUGCUCCGCGCAUGUAAGAUUAAUUCAUCAAGACAGGCUCUAUUUUUGGACAAGGGGAAAUCUUGGUCACUUAAAAUUGAUGGAUCUCACAGCAGUAAAUUAUUACCAAUUCCCAAAUCAGACUUAAAUCUUGCAUUGAAAGUUUUAGCAGAAAUCCAUUGAGUUGUACACUCUGAAUCCAUCGCAAAAACAGAGAAUGUCCUGAAUACAACCUUUGGGCUUCAGUUUUUUUUGAUUGUGUAAAAUGGAUUGUCACUCUGGAUUAGGGGACCAGAAGGACGUACUACUCAAAGCAGGUUAUUUCCAGAGUUCUGUCAUCUCCAAUUCUCAGGAAGUAGUGGAGGGAUGUGAUAUUCCUCCAGUAAAGUUUGUUGGACAGUUUGACGGUACCAGUGUGGGCUUCUCAGCUGCAUGCAUUCUCCAAGUUGACAUGAUUCCCUUAGUCACCAAGACUGGUCAGCAAAUUGAGCUGGGACCGUGAUCGGAAAACAACCAACAAGAUGUAAUUUAACCUUCACCACCCCACGCCCCUAGCCUGAGGUCUUUGCUGGAAAAUUUAGUAAGAAAGAAGCGUCCAUUUGGGAGAUUGAAGCUGAAAUGUUAAAGGUGCCUUGUAUUAUAAUUAAGCUGCAGUUUGCCUGAUGCGGGAGUCUUGUGAUUAGAAUAGAUACGACAGCAAUGAAAAAAAUAAAGCCUCUGGAACCAAGAUCGUACAGGUACCAAAAAUUUCCAACAAGCAUAGAGGUGGCAGAAUGACCACAUGGGAUCUUAUGAAACCAUGUCUUCUGCAUUUGUAAGCAAAGGUAGCUGGUGCAUUUUUUUGUGUUUCAUUCUAUGGAAAAUGGAUCUAAUGGUAGAUUGUAUAUGUAUUUAUGAAGUAUUGUGUCGCAAUGUAGCUUGCCAUGUGAUACCCUGGACCAGGAAUACAGCAGCACUUGCACCUGUAGAAGGACAGGUACUUUUAAUGAGUCUGUACCAUAUAUCUAGCUACAACCCUGAAACAGCCCCAUGAUGGGUUAAUUUUAGGGAUAGGGUGGAGGGGGAAUAUCCAAAGUCCAUGAGAUUUGGCUAGAGGCAGCAGCCGCUGUUUAAAAUCAUUUGAACUUCAAUGUUGGAUCUAUUUAUAUAAUUAAUUUAAUUGCUUGUUUGCCAUGUUUUUGUACAGUUUUAUGUACAUGCAAAUGUUGCUUUUAUAUAAAAACAAAAUCAGCAAUGGAAGUAUGUUACUAUUUUUAGAUGGAUUUAAUGUGUAAUCAGAAUCAUAUUGUUAAAGGUGUUUGGAAACACAUGUAAUGCUUUAAUAGUUAAUCCACUGGCUUCCUAUGUUACCUAUGAGAUUUACGCGGGCAGUGAGCACAGUUCUUCUAUUAUUUUUUUCUAUUGUUAAGCAUGUAAAAUUCUUGGCCCUCAUUUGCUGAGCAGUCAACAGAGAGAAGACAAAAUCAUUGUAAUUAUCCCUUCCUCAAAGCUUUACAAUAAAAUGGGAAAAUGA